GACACCAUGAUUUUCCAGUCACCCAAGCAGCCGGAAGUCGUGACACCUGACACGCAGAACUGGCAUCGGAGGCACAAAACAAAUGGCCCUCCCUCCCUCUCCGGGCUCGGCGUCAUGGCGGGCACAUGAGCCCCCCGGCGCCGCGCCACCACACCACCGACCCGCUUGCCCUGACAGUUUGACCGGCACGCCUCACACAAACCAAACCCUUUCCUUUCGAGCUCUGCGCCUCCAGCUUUUGGAGAUUCGGUGGCUUUGCUCGAUCCGAUCCGCUGCGCUCACGAUGGUCAGCCACGCCGAGGCACCUGUCGAGUUCAGAGGGCGGGGGAGGACUCUGACGCCUCGCCGCCUCGGCAUCUCAUCGGGUCUGGGCGCUCGGAUGCUUUUACUGUACACAUCGUCUCGCAAGUAGCGAGCUCCGUACCUGCUUCUCGGUUGGCAUUCAUGGUAUCUUUUCUCGUCUUCGUCCUCCCAAGUCCUUCCCUCACCGACAGCGAGGAGAGGGAGAGAGUAAAGCCGGGGGGCGGCAGUGAUUGCAGCGUGAACUCCUGAAGGCGGCUUUGGCUUUCAGGUUGUCUCAGUCGCAGUGUCCCGGCGAAGAACACAGAAAGGGAAGCUCUACCUUCUUUCUCGCAUCUCCCUCUGCGCCAUCUGCCAUAGCCAAGGAAAACAAAGCUUUUCAGGAGCCCUUUGAUCCUUCUUCCCCUUUGGUUGGUACUGUUUCUCCAGGUGUUUAGUGCUAAACUGCUAGCAUUUGCAGCGGUGCACAAGCCUACCACACAGUGAUCCCUGUCCCAGUCAGCAGUCACCAUGCUGAGGCAAUCGCCAAGCAGGAGCAAUAAUAGGAGCAAGAAGCUCAGGCCAAGCCACACUCUGGAGGCCUUCCUGCUCGUCGCCGUCGGCGUGUGGAUCGCGUACCAGGUGAUGCGUUCGUACGGCAAACAGCGGGUUGUGGCCGUGGAGACGGACGUCGACGCCGACGGCAAGCCGGCACGGCGCUGGCUGGGCAGGAAGGGCUUCGUCGGCUUCGCAGCUGGCCAGGCGUCUGCCGACGACGACAUUGUCGGGAUCGGAGACGGGAGCGACUUCGUCGGACGGGGCGCCGCCGGCUCGUCGGACGAUCGUUUGAGCCAGGCUCGAGACGCUGGCGACGAGGAGGACCAAGAGGCUGGUGAAGAUGAUGGCGUCGACAGUGACGCUGACGACGUGGCCGAGGCUGCUGAUGAAGAGGAGGAUGGCACAGAUUUCCUGUCCCAAAGCGGCAAUGAUGAGGAGGAAAUGGAGACGGCGCAAGGCCAAGCUCAGAACGGCAUCAACAUGACCGUUGUUCCUCCGGUGAAUGCUACCGACACCGUGCAAGACGGCGGUGCUGUUCUGCCGGCGAAUGCAACUGGCGGUGCGGCAGAUGGCACUGCUCUGACUUCGAGUGGCUAUCCUCUCAAGAACAACAAUUCAUCUGCUGAUCUGUCGUCGCGUGACAGAGGAGCAGCUGGUGAUGCUUCGAACAAGCUGCUGGCGAACAAUGGAUCAUCACCUGGUGAGAAUCAUAGCCUUCAGAUCAACAAGAACGAGACAGCAGGCUCUGUUGCAGGACAUGGCAUCUCGUCCAGGCGCUCGAUUUCGUGAGCUGGGGCUAGGAUUGCUGACUGGCUUAGGACUGCAUCAAACAGCUCAAAUUCUUCCUGCCGAGUAAACGACGUGCUCAGGCAGAAGCGAGGCCGGUUGACACAACACUGGUUUGGUCUGUGUAGAUUAUAGAAGGCGUAGGUUACUUCGUGGUUCUUCGUGUUCUUGAUCAUCUGCGACUGUAAGAAAGUAUUCUCAACAGCGAGCUAGAUGCUACUGCCCGAAGCAUUGUCUUCUUGGUGCAGCAAUAACUUCCCGAGAAAAGAUCUCACCGUUUCAGGAACUACUGCAGUUUUGCGCAAUUUUCUGACACGUCGUCACCCAGCUGGAAAUCAACAUAAAAUCUGGGAUCCGCUAAUACUCAAGAAUAUACCCUAGAAAAAUGAC